UGUCUGCUCCGCGCUGUACUCUCUCUCCCGUACAGUGUAACUGGCCCAGACACAACACUCAGGAGGAGCAGGAGGGAAGAUGGCGACGCUGGGAAACGAGUCUCAGCCAUUCUCAGCCCUCCCAGCCGCCAGCCCCUCACUCCAUGGCCAGUAUCAGCUCCCCCACCAGCAGCAGCACAUCGCCGGCAAUGGGGUGACCAACUUCAGCCUCAACCUGCCUGUCAACCGGGGGCUGGAGAGAGCCCUGGAGGAGGCUGCAAACUCUGGCAUCCUUAAUCUCAGCUCCAGAAAGCUGAAGGAAUUUCCCAGGACCUCAGUGAGCCAUGAUCUAUCAGACACUGUGCAAGCAGAUUUCUCAAGGAAUAGACUGACUGAAGUUCCAGUGGAAGUUUGUCAAUUUGUCUCAUUAGAAGUACUGAAUUUGUAUCAAAAUUGUAUCAAAUUUCUUCCGGAUGCUUUGAUAAAUUUACAAAUGCUUACAUACUUAAACAUAAGUCGGAAUCAACUUUCUUCUCUCCCUGUCUGCCUAUGUGGUCUUCCGCUAAAGGUUUUAAUUGCAAGCAAUAAUAAGCUUGGUUCCCUGCCGGAGGAAAUAGGUCAACUACAGCAGCUAAUGGAACUGGACAUCAGUUGCAAUGAGAUCACGUCUUUGCCUCAGCAAAUAGGUCUUUUGAAAUCUCUCCGAGAUUUAAAUGUAAGAAGAAAUUAUUUGAAGGUUCUACCUCAAGAAAUCGUAGAACUUCCCUUGGUGAGAUUUGACUUUUCAUGCAAUAAAGUAUUGGUUCUGCCGCUUUGUUUUAGAAAAAUGGUGCAAUUACAAGCAUUGAUACUCGAGAACAACCCCCUUCAAUCACCUCCAGCACAGAUUUGCAUCAAAGGGAAAAUACAUAUAUUCAAAUAUUUAAGUAUACAGGCGUGUCAGAUGGAAAAGACGGGCGAUCCUUUUUAUCUUCACUCCCUUGAAAGACCAAUUCUGCAACAACAUGUUGAAGAAAGCAUUGAAGAUAUCUUUCCAAUAAAAAAGGAUUCUGACUCGGGUGUUGGCAGCGACAGUGGGGAGAAGCGUUUAUCAACAAUAGAGCCUUGUGAUGAAGACUCAGCCAGCCCGAGUGUGCCAAUGUCUAAUAUCUUGGAAGAAGAAAAUCUUGCCAAAGACGAGUUAGACCAGCAAUUAAACAGCCCAAUCAAUGUUGGCUGUCAACAGUAUUCUCACAGGACUGUCAUUGGCGAGCCAGAGAAUUUACUAUGCCGAUACGACGAAACAAAUGCCAUCCACGCGGACUUCAUAAGUUACAAUGAGGGUCAAACAUCUGAAUUUGAUGAACCUUUGCAAAUACAAGAGGACACCACUUGGUUAAUAGAAAACACAAAAAAUACUUCUGACAGUGAAGACCUCAACACACCAAUGAUAGAACAAUUAAGAGAGGCAGUUGAUAUGUUGCAAGAUCCCACAAGGUUAAAUAUGGAAAUUGAAGAUGCUAUAAACCUGUAUAAUGUACAGACCACCGAAAUAUCUGAUCUUAACAAGUCUACAGUAAAUGGACAGGUGGAAUUACAGAUGUCUCCAGUUUUUCAGAAUGAUCAUAUCAUUGAGACUUCACCUUCUCAAAAUUCCCAAAAAGAAGAGAAUGAUGACGGGACUCCUACCAUGUCUCCAGUACACAGCUCAGCAGCCUUUGGUCUUAAACCAAGAUCUGACCCGUCCCUCACUCUUCCUCCUAUCUCCUUCAACAAACUUACACAGGCACAAAAUUGGGACAGCUAUAGCAUGGAUACCUCGUCAGAAGGAGAAAUUGACAAUGUGUUCAUGAGGCCGCAGAGGAAUUUGGAAGCAGUUGAUCCUCAGUUCACAAUUAGAAGGAAAAUGGAACAAAUGAGAGAAGAAAAGGAACUCACAGACAGUCUUCGAGAGAAUAUUGAAAUACGGUUAAAGGUUUGCCUCCCUGAAGACUUAGGAUCUGCAUUAAUGGAUGGAGUUGUUCUUUGCCAUUUAGUCAAUCAAAUCCGACCUCGGUCAGUAGGGAGCAUCCACGUGCCUUCUCCUGCUGUUCCAAAACUUAGCAUGGCUAAAUGCAGAAGGAAUGUUGAAAACUUCCUGGAAGCAUGUAGAAAAAUGGGAGUACCUGAGGAGAAACUGUGUUUACCCCAUCACAUCCUAGAAGAAAAGGGCUUGGUAAAAGUGAGCAUCACCGUGCAAGCACUAGUAGACGUUACCACUACCAAGCAGGCCUUAUUUAUAUGAAACUACUGCAUCCUGUUUAAUUUGACUGUAGCACCAUGCUUCACAGGCCGUCUCAAUGGAAUAAGGAGGGAAAUGAUUGAAGGAGGAGAUGCUUGUAAGAACCGUGAUCUAAAGCAGAAUAUGAUAUUCCACAGGGAAAGAUCGAAACACGUUUUUGCACAAAAUAGUAAAUGUUUAUAUACAAUGUCAGCUAUUACUUCAAAAGAUUAUAAUCUAAAAGAAAUUCUGAAUCAAUGAAGCCUUAACAAAUAGUUUAUUUGUACAUCUCCCCUGUUAGUUUUUCUCCACAGAGGGAAUGUUAAAGGGACUGAAGAAAGUCAAAACACGGUUCUUGGAACCUCACUACACACAAUGUUCACAUCUGCCGUGGUUAUUUCUCUCUAAACAAGAAAACAACCGUCAUUUUAAAACCCUCUCCUUGUACUCUGCCAGUAUGCUUAGGUAAUCAAUCCUGGACACUAUCUUGGCGUUUCACUCAUGGCAUACUUCAAGAAUGGAGAGAUGUUUUCACUUAAUCAGAGCAAUUGUGAUGGGAAUGACGAGCUUUUAAAUGUAAUAUUUUUUGCUUACUACUCCAGAACUCAUAAUCCUUAGUCUCAACAUGUGAAAGGUAACUGGAAACUAAACUAAACACGAACUGGCUCUCCUGCCUGGGUUAAACAUAUUUAGUAAGCAUACCCUGGACCUGUAUUUGGUAGUGCAUGGUGCCUUGUGCAUGAAGAGGGGCAAGGAAGCAUUUGUUUCUAAAUACUAAAUAGUAUAUCAUUACACUUAAAGGGACACUAUAGUCACCAUAACUGCUACAUCUUAAUGUAGCUGUUCUGGUGUCUAUAGCCUUCCCGGCAGGCUUUUAAAUGUAAAAAAGGGCAGUUUUGCAUUGCUGCCAGUAACAUCUCUAGGCGUAGUCACUCAAACGGCCAUUAGAGGUGCUUCCUGGAUCAGUGCUGUGCAGUUUGCAGCACCUACGUUCAGCGUCUUCACGCUCUGCAUGGAGACGCUGAACAUGCCCCAUAGAGAGACAUACUCAACUACCUCCCAAUGCUUUCAUAUGGGAAAGCAUUAGAUUGGCUGAGAUCAUCAAGAUUGAUGACCUCAGCCAUGGAGUCAGGGCCAGCUGCUGCAAGACUGGUGCGGUGUGGGAGAAAACCAAUAGAUAUUAAAACCUUUUAAAAGCGAUCUGAGGGGGCUGGGGAGCUAAAUAGUUUAACACUAUAGAGAUAGGAAUAUGUUUGUAUUCCUGACACGAUCGUGUUCUUUUAAGGUCACUGUGACUAUUUGUCAUACCCUCAGUUAAUUGACGCCUAGGGGCAUCAAUUAAGUUUCUUUUUUGGGGGAAGAAAGGGAAGAUAUUUUACAAGGCCCUUUACUGAGUAUUAAAGGAUAACUGGAGUUCCCCACUAUGUUUUUUGUGGGAACCAAUAUUGCAUAUUUUGUGUCAAUCUGGGAUUCUUCUUUGUAACUGUCACUCUGUUGCAGCAGCUAGCGGCACUAGGAAAUGCAAUGGGAACUGGCACAAUGUAAAUAAAAGAGGAUCCUGCCAAUUCAACAUUUAAUAACAGGGCACUUUGAAGCAGUGAUGAGAAA